AUGGAGAAGCGAAUCCAACUCAGAGAUGAGCUGCUUUUGCAGCAUCCUUAUCUGCUGUUCCUUGUUCUGGCUGUAGGGUUCCUAGUGAUGGACCCUUUUGAUUUAAGUCCUGUAGGAGGGAUUGAUUUUAGGCCUGUGAAAAAUGAUGUUGCACCAUACAAGCAAGUCCUGGAGAGUUGGCCUAGAGACAACAGGAGCCGGCUAGGAGAGGGGAAUCUGGAAUUUGUAGAUGAAAUUUUUGGACCCGAGUCUUUGGAGUUCGAUAUCCUGGGUCGUGGCCCUUACACUGGUCUGGCUGAUGGACGCAUUGUAAGGUGGAUGGGGAAAGAUGCAGGAUGGGAAACAUUUGCAUUAGUAACUCGUAACUGGACUGAGAAACUCUGUGCUAAAGGAAAAGAUUCAACAAGCAGCAAGCAAUGGAAGGAUGAGCCAAAAUGUGGCCGACCCCUUGGCUUAAGGUUUGAUAAACAAACUGGGAAGCUAUACAUUGCAGAUGCUUACUUUGGUCUCCUGGUAGUGGGGCCUGAAGGAGGAAUUGCCACUCCUUUGUCAACUCAGGUGGGAGGCAAGCCCAUUCUAUUUGCCAACGAUCUCGACAUCCAUAAAAAUGGAUCCAUUUUCUUCACUGACACCAGUACAAGAUACAAUAGAGUAAAGCAUUUCUUCAUACUACUGGAAGGAGAAUCUACCGGUCGACUCCUAAGAUAUGAUCCUCCAACUGGAACAACUCAUGUGGUCUUGGAUGGCCUGGCAUUCGCUAACGGAGUCCAAUUAUCUAAAGACCAUACCUUUCUCCUCUACACUGAAACAACCAAUUCCAGGCUAAUGAAACUGUGGCUGGAGGGUCCAAAAUCAGGCAGCAGGGAGCUUGUUGCAGACCUUCCCGGAUUCCCAGAUAACGUGAGGAUAAAUGAGAAAGGGGAAUUCUGGGUGGCAAUAGAUUGUUGUCGAACGAAGGUACAGGAGACUCUGAUUCGAAAUCCCUGGAUGAGAAACGUAUAUUUCAGGUUACCGAUUCCAAUGCGGUACUUGGCCAGGAUGGUUGGGAUGAAGAUGUACACCGUGAUCUCACUCUUCAACGAGAAAGGAGAGAUUGUGGAUGUUCUUGAAGACAGAAAAGGCAAAGUGAUGAAGCUAGUCAGUGAAGUGAGAGAGUUGAACGGAAAAUUGUGGAUUGGAACUGUGGUUCACAAUCACAUUGCCACCAUCCCUUACCCCUGA